CGUGUGAGCGAAUUUGCUAUUGUACGUGUUGUUUAUGAUUUUUUUGCGUAACACGUGGAGUGAACAGAGAGAGCAUCAGAAUGCUGUGUGCCACCUUUCGUGGAUAUUAAUGUGCGUAAUUUUUUCCAAUUGAAUUCUCUUUGGAAAAUUAACUUCAUAUUUUCCUAUUUCUGAUAAAGUUGGUGCUCUGAGAAAUGCCCGUGUACCUUUGUGACUUUCCAUGGAUUUGAAUGCCUAGGUGCGAAAGGAGAUGUUACUAUUUGUGUUUUCGACUGUUUUCAUCUCCAUUAUAUUGAUUUUGAAUAACGCACGGGAAGUAUGUGGUCAUUCUUCAGAUGCCUGUGAUUGGGUUGGAAGCGGCCUCCACCAUCGUGUACCGCGUGGCGUCCAACCCCUCUACUUGCGCUGCACCAGGGGCCACAUCAAGUGGCACUAUCCUCGUGGGGCCCUUCGUGCCCUCCUGCGCCCGCGUCUCACCAAUUUCCAGGGCUGCAUCCGGGUAUCGGCGAACUCUACCGGAGCCAGGUUGUUCCUGGAGGGCGAGAAGCGGCUUUACCCACUCUACCGAGCCGAUGAUGGCAAACCUGAAGACUACCAUCGAUGCUUUACGUCCAGAAGAGGUCAGGUGGCGCUGUACAUAGAGGCCGAUCCGCCCCUUGAUAUACUCAGAAAGGACGUAGUGGAAUUCAGCUACGAUUUAGUCCCACAAGAAAACCUAGCUGAUGACAUGGAAGGUGAAGCAGUUCGAUGCAAGUGGAAGCACCUUAGAGAUAAUUUCCGCAAAGAAUUCAAAAAAUGCGCCAAAGAAGCUGAUAAAGGUACAGAUCCGGAAAAAUUUCAAUCUGGCUGGAUAUGGUACAGUAAGUUGUUCUUUCUCGGUGACCAGCUGAUAACAAGAAAAACAAACCCAUGCAAGUAUGGCAAAAUGAGAAAAUGGCCAACUGAAGAUAGUGGUGGCGAGAAUCAAGGGAUAGAUCUCACAUCAGUGAAGGAAGAAAUGCACAUUGAAGAAAACUCACAGUCCUCUUCCGUUGACACGUUGCAAAACAUACAGAUACCCGAGGUACAGUUGACGUACGACGAUGAUGAUGAUUCCAAGAAACUUAGCGAUUCAUUGGACAGUGAUUUUGACUUCAAAAGUCGAAAGCGUAAAACGUUGACCCCAGGUGCGGAUCGAUAUGAUGACACCUACCACUUCUUAAUGAGCCUCAUGAGUCCCAUCAAAAGCUUGCCCUUUGACAGACAAAUGUUUGUUCGAUGGAAGAUUCAGGAACUCUUAUUCAAUGAAACCGUAAAUUAUCAUCAAAUAAUGGAAGGCAGUGAUCGAACUGUCGAUUUAACCAUCGGAAUGAGUCAAGAUUCGAAAAGGUAGAAUCUCAUAGUACGAACAUUUUAUUUUGGUAUCGAGAGGCAAAAACUGAACAAAAAAUUUUAAACCUGCAUCUGUAAAUGCAGUCUUAAAAUCUUAUUUCCUUCUUUAUAGUCCUGCCAACCUAUGAUAUGUCUGCUGAACUAUGGGUAUUCAACUGUAUGAUAUUGUCUUUAAAAAUAAUAUUUUAACAUGUACAAAUUUGUAUUCAUGUUUAAUUUUCUGACAUAUAUUGAAUAAAAUUGU